CACAGAUUUGACAGUUCUGACAGAAAUGUCAACAAACAAGCAGGCUCCGAUCAACCCGGAAAAAGGAAGUGCAAGAGCCUAAAAAGAGUUGUUUCAGUGUGCAUUCCUGGGAAUUCGACUUCAAAUAGAACUGAUAGCAAAGAUCGGAGACAUCCUUUUGAUAACUGCAGUAAAAGAGAGUUACUCAUAAAUCAUUGCAAUUCCUACCGGCGAGAUGCUGCUCACGUAAACUGGAUAGUUUACGUCGUCGAGCCGCGCGCUACUCCUGGGCUGAAGAAGAGCUGGCGAGAUAACUCUUUGUUUAAUGCCUGGGUUGCAGCCAGAUCUUAUCUGUCCCUGUGUCCCCUCUAAAAUGACCUGACACUGAGUGUUCACCACAAUCAUAAGACAAUGGCGAGAAUAGCAUGGUAUCAAGAGAAGAUCGGUGCAUAUGAUCAGCAGGUUUGGGAGAAGUCUCUGGAACAGGCUGAACUUAAUGGCAUGGACUGUAAACCAAAGAGGUCCGGUCAUGUCAAGCCAGACCUCAUUGAUGUUGACUUAGUAAGAGGGUCUACAUUCGGCAAGGCCAAGCCCGAUAGUCCAUGGACGGCGUUGACCCGUAAGGGCCUGGUCAGGGUGCUCCUCUUCCCCUUCUUCUUCCAGUGGUGGAUCCAGGUGACCUCCAGGUCUAUCUCUACCUUUAUCCUGGUGCUUUACUUCAUGCAAGUGGCAGCAGCAGUGUUGUACGUAGAGGUUCCUGCAGCCAGUGCUAGUGAGCAGUUGGGGCCUAUGUGUCUUAUGUUAUUGCUGGGGACAGUGCACUGCCAGAUAGUGUCCACUGAGUCCAACCGGAGCCCUUCAGCCAGUCCUGUCAGCAGCAGCAGCACCAGCCCUGCACGCAGGAGGAGGCUAAGGAAGGGUAAAGGAUUUAAGAGGACAGAGGGACAGGGGAACGACAGGGACACUGAGCUGCAGCUGGAGGAAAACCAAAGAUUGUACAGAUCAGAGGAGAGAAGGACAAAUCAGAGAAAGUCGGGCUUUGGGGCCUCUGAUGAGCUUUCCAGUGAGGAGGAAGAGGAUAAUAAGGAAGCAAAACCACCCACUAGUGUAGCUGGACCAACACCUACCACUGUCCUCAGGAAGAGACACCUUCACUCCUUCUCAAAUCCCUCACCACCUGAGGAGGAAAGUAGUGGAGGUGCCAAGGACACUAAGGUGAACCCUCGUGAAGUGGAGCACCUGAGGACAGAGGGCUCGCGCCCGGCCUCUGACACAGAUGAUACUAUGUGGGAGGAUCUUCUUCAAGGGCCUGACUCCGCUUCCACGGGCAGCAGUGACAGUGAGGGGGAGGGGCGGUACUGCCCUGGCCUGACUCUCCCCCCAUCCACCACUCUCAGCAGUGAUGAUGAGAACCUACAGCAGGGCCAACUAUCAUGGCUGCAGGCGUGCCACCCAUCUAGAGACCGGGUCAGUGCCAUCAUCUGGGAGCAGGGGGAGUGCAAGAAAGCAGACAUGUCAGUACUGGAGAUCAGUGGGAUCAUCCUCACACGGGUGAAGGUGGUGGAGCAGGGCAUGGGUUACCUAGCCCUGGGGGGGUUGGUCACUGCCACACUGGUGCUGCUUCCCUUUGGCUUCCGCCUGGCACAGCGGCUGGACAUGACACGCCUGAGCUCCCUGUCUCUGGCUGAGCUGGCUGUCAUGGCGGUGGGGCCGCCCGACGCCAAGACCUACGCCUUCCUCUUCAUCACCACUGUGGAGAGGCUCUGCCUUACAGGCCUCUUCUUCUUCAUGAUGUGUGUGGCAGAGAGGACCUACAAACAGAGGCUUGUUUUCGCCAAACUCUUCAACCACAUCACAUCAGCACGAAAGGCCAAGAAGUCGGAAAUCCCCCACUUCAGGCUGAAGAAUGUGCAGAACAUUAAGAUGUGGCUGUCGCUCCGCUCCUUCCUCAAGAGACGUGGGCCCCAGCGUUCCGUUGAUGUCAUCGUCUCCUCCAUAUUCCUCCUGGCCCUUUCUAUCGCCUUCAUCUUGUGUACACAGCUACUAAACAGUCACCACACAUUCCUGGACUCCGAGACCAACUGGGAGCUCAUGGUGUGGGGUUCUUCUCUCAUCCUCUUCCUGCUCCGCCUGGCCACUCUGGGCUCCGAGACCAACUGUAAAUACAGCAACGUGUCAGUGCUGCUUACCGAACAGAUCAACUUGUAUCUUAAGAUGGAAAAGAAGCCCAACAAGAAAGAAAAUUUGAACAUAGUGAACAAUGUUCUGAAGCUUGCAACAAAACUAAUGAAAGAGCUUGACACCCCCUUCCGACUGCUGGGGCUGACUGUGAACCCUCUCAUCUAUAACAUCACACGCGUGGUCAUCCUGUCUGCAGUCUCCGCUGUGGUCAGCGACCUGCUCGGCUUCAACAUCCGACUGUGGAAGAUUAAGCCUUAAUGUGAACUUGCUAAACCACUAACUGUUGGAUACUGGAGGCUCUGCCAAGUCCUACCAUCCACAGCUGGCAAUCUGUGCAAUGUGUCCAAAGUGUGCAAACCUACUGAGUGAUCGCCUAUGCAUCUCUGUGCCUUCCCAGAAACAUUGAACUUUAAAUCACACAAUACCAUUGUGGUCAUACACAAGCAUGAGCUCUUUACAAUCAAUGAUACACACAUCCCUGGCUACAUAAUCAUUGUAGCCUGAACUGAUUUGCUGCUGCAGUUCCAGUGCCAGGACCUGGCCACUUCCUGGUUCUUACUCUGAGAAACAGUAGCCAAUGGGUGCCUUCUGAACACUGAGAAAUUUGUUGGCCAUUUGAAUGUGAACCAUUUCAAGACGUGGAGAACGGAUGGAAUAGGAAACAAGAAUGAACAAACUGUUAUGAAAGAAUUUGACAUUCCAGCGUGGUUUGACAUGUAUUCGGCUGCAAGUAGACAGCGUAAAAUACUUUAAAAAUACUUUUAAGAUGAAAAAUGUUAAUACAGAUCUUCAAAAUGGGUGACUGAACUAAAUUGAUUAAAAAAAUGUUUUUUUAUAGGAAAUAUUUAACUCUACUCUAAACCAAUUUUGUGAUAUUUUAAGGGCAACGUGCUGUAGCUUUUAUUGGGGCAUUAUUUAUUUGGGGUUUGUCUGUAUUUCAUUACUGACAUAAUGGUACACAUAGAUUGUAACCUUUGGACUGCCAUCAUGGCCUUAGUACUGAAGACCAUUAUGUUCUGCUAAGCAACUAUUCACAGAUGGUAUAGUUUGAUCAAAAAAAAUGUUAAUAGGCUAUAAAUUAGGUUAUGUUUUAUUUCCUUUGAUAAUAAAUCUUUCACAAUGAUUUUA